UCAUACCUCGCACACUUAAGAGCUAUAAGAACCAGACAGAACAGAACAGAAUGGAAAAAAGGGGGAAGAGGUGAAACUCAGCUGUUUCUGUUUCUGUUUCUGUUCCUGUGUUUGUAGAUAUGAGUUUGUUGAAGGCUUAAAAUGUUGUCUGGCAGUAUGCAAAUCUGCUGCCAGUGAAUUAGUAGACUAUGUUGUAUAGAUAGAAACAAACUCAACUCAUUCAAUGCUGAAUCCUGAUAAAGAUUCAACAAAUCUGAAAGAACUUAUGAAUUUGAGCAAAACCCAAUCAAAUUCCAUCACCCUUUUUUGUAAGGUUGUUGUACUUACCAAAUUUCCUCGUCCAAGUUUUACACUUUCCUGAGGAACUAGGGUUCAGUCUUGCUGUAUAAAUACCAGGCUCUGCUGUUUGUUGCUAGUAAGCAAAACCGAAACGCUUAAUUAUACAGGUAAACGGGAGCUCGCUCAACUUCUAAUGGGUCGUUCUCGCGGGAAUUUUCACUCUGCUGAUGAGGACCCCACCCAGAGAUCAAGGAGAAAAAAGAAUGCAUCUGCUGGAGAAAAUUUAGAAUCUUCAUCUUCAGGUCAAGGAACACAUGAUGGGAAAAGGGCUUUAUACCACUGCAAUUAUUGCAACAAAGACAUCACAGGAAAGAUCCGUAUCAAGUGUGCUGUGUGUCCUGAUUUUGACCUAUGCAUAGAGUGCUUUUCUGUUGGUGCUGAGGUUACACCUCACAAAAGCAACCAUCCUUACCGGGUCAUGGACAAUUUAUCUUUUCCUCUUAUCUGUCCUGACUGGAAUGCAGAUGAUGAAAUAUUGCUUCUAGAGGGAAUUGAAAUGUAUGGCCUCGGAAACUGGGCGGAAGUUGCUGAGCAUGUUGGGACAAAGACUAAGGAAAAGUGCAUUGAACACUAUGAUAAUGUUUAUAUGAAGUCCCCAUUCUUUCCUCUUCCUGACAUGUCUCAUGUUGUUGGAAAAAAUAGAAAAGAGCUUCUUGCAAUGGCUAAAGGGCAUGGUGAGGACAAGAAAGGGUCUUCAAUGCUUGGGGAGCUGACAGUAAAAGAAGAAUCUCCUUUUUCACCUUCAAGAGUCAAAGUUGAAGGUGGUCCUUCGGGCCGAUUACUCUCUGGCUUAAAUGCAGAUGUAGAGUCUGGGGUACGUUCUAGCAGCAGCAGUACAGCACCAGCAGCUGUUAGCAAGGCAUCAAACAUGGCCCAGGUUAAAGAUGGCAAUGUUAAAAUGGAAGAUCCUCAAAUGGACAGAAAGGGAAAGAAGCCUAAUUCUUUGGGAAAUGAUGGUCUAGUUGAGUUGAGUGGUUAUAACCCCAAAAGGCAAGAGUUUGAUCCAGAGUAUGACAAUGAUGCUGAGCAGUUACUGGCUGAUAUGGAAUUUAAGGACACUGACACCGAGGAAGAGCGUGAGAUUAAGCUGCGAGUGUUGCGUAUCUAUUCAAAGAGGCUGGAUGAGAGGAAGCGUAGAAAGGAUUUCAUACUAGAACGAAAUUUGUUAUAUCCCAAUCCUUUUGAAAAAGACUUAACUCCUGAGGAGAUUGCACUAUGUCGACGUUAUGAUGUCUUCAUGCGCUUUCUUUCAAAGGAAGAACAUGAGGAUUUGCUUCAGACUAUUGUUGCUGAGCACCGGACUUUAAAAAGAAUUGAAGAACUCAAGGAAGCCCGAGCAGCUGGUUGUCGUACAUCAGCUGAGGCAGAUCGAUAUCUCGAACUAAAGAGGAAAAGGGAAGCUGAAGAGAGUUCUCAUAGAGCAAAAGAUGGUGUCCAAGUUAAUCCAAGUGGGCAGGGGGGCCCAAACUCAUUCAUGGCUUCAGAGUCUGUAGCCAAGGACUCAAAUUCAAGACCAACGGCGCAGGCUUCUUCAAGCUUUGCUACUGAUUUGGACAUAAUGGGAUUUAGCGAAACACAACUACUGUCUGAAGCUGAGAAGCGGCUGUGUGGUGAGAUUCGCUUGCCUCCACCUCUGUAUUUAAGGAUGCUACAGAUCAUUUCGGAAGAGAUCUUCAAUGGCAAUGUCACCAAGAAAUCUGAUGCUCAUCGCUUGUUCAAGCUGGACCCAAGCAAGACUGAUAGAGUUUACGAUAUGUUGGUCAAGAAGGGGAUUGCUCCACCAUGACUCCCAAUUUGAUCUCACAUCACAUUGUUUAGCUUCUACUGCUUCCUAGCAGUAACAUUUCCAUUUCUUGAACUCUUUUUAUUUACUUGGACCUUUGUUUAGAUUCACCAUGUUUAUGUUUUAGAACCACAGAAAUUAUAACAGUCUAGUGUUUGUUCCAUUAAGCAUGGAGUAAUUUAAAGUAUUGUUUACCGUCCUACAGCUCAGCUGUAUCAA